AUGGAUACUGCUUCUACUGGAUGCCAAGAAGGGAAAAGCAGCGGGGCAACCGCGCAAGAGAGUGGUGCGACUGAGAAAUCACCAAGAGCUUUUGGACGAGAACGCAUGGUUCAGGAGGCACAUUUGGACGAUUCUCGCCCUACAACUCCCGGCCACAGCCCCGGGGUCGGCCAUGUCAUGCCACCACCAAGCAUCUUUGGGCAAGAGCACAUGCUGCAGAAGGCAUUCUUGAAAGAUUCUCAACCUGUAACUCCUGGCCCCAGCCCCAGCACUGGCCAUCGCAUGCAACCAAGUGCCACCUUAGACUAUUUUCGCCCAACGAUUCCUGGCCAUAGCCCUGACGUUGGCCAUGUCAUGCCACCACCAGGAGACUUUGGACGAGAGUACAUUGUUCAGGAGGCAGUUUUGGACAAUUCUAGCCCUACAACUUCGGUCCACAGCCCCAACAUAGGACAACCUAUGCCACCAAGAGCCGCCUUGGACUAUUUUCGCCCUACAACUCCUGGCCACAGCCCUGGCGUAGGUCAUGCUAUGCCGCCACCAAGAGCUUUUGGACAAGAGAACAUGGUUCAGGAGGUGCUUUUGGACAAUUCUCGCCCCAUGACUCCUGGCCACAACCCCGAUGAAGACCAUGCAGUUUCACCAACUCCAAAAGCCCUUGGGCAAGAGCGUUUGGUUCAAAAGGUGUUCUUAGAUGACUCACGCCCUACAAAUCCCGGCCAUAGCCCCGGUGUUGGUCAUCCUCAUGAUGGGCAAUAUUGA